AAUGAUAGGCAACGGGAGGAAAAAAAGAGGCGUCAAAUCAGCCUGCUUAAAAGAAAACACAUAGCCAUAAAAAUCGAAAAUAUAUGAGGACGUUCAGAAAGUAAAUCCAGAAUAAUGUUUACUCAAACGGGCUACAAUCAUUCAUUAAAAUCAAGACAUGAAACAAGCAGACGGCAGAAGAGGGAUCCGGAAACAGAAAACAUGGCUGUGCCUCCCUGUUAUGCUGAUCUUGGAAAGUCUGCCAAGGACAUUUUCAACAAAGGCUAUGGAUUUGGCCUUGUGAAGCUUGAUGUCAAGACAAAGUCCAACAGUGGAGUGGAAUUCAAAACGUCUGGGUCCUCCAACACUGACACCAGCAAAGUCGCAGGCAGCCUGGAAACUAAAUAUAAGAGACCAGAGUAUGGUCUGACCUUCACCGAGAAGUGGAACACAGACAACACCUUAGGAACAGAAAUCACAAUUGAAGACCAGAUCGCAAAGGGACUAAAAGUGACCUUUGACACAACCUUCUCGCCUAAUACCGGCAAGAAGAGUGGCAAAGUCAAGACCGCCUACAAGUGCGAGUACAUCAAUCUGGGCUGCGAUGUUGACUUUGACUUUGCUGGCCCGACCAUCCACGGGGCAGCCGUCAUCGGCUACGAGGGCCUGCUCGCUGGUUACCAGAUGUCCUUUGACACCGCCAAGUCUAAGAUGACCAAGAACAACUUUGCCCUUGGCUGCAAGACAGAAGACUUCCAGUUCCACACCAGUGUCAAUGAUGGGUCAGAAUUUGGAGGUUCCAUCUACCAAAAGGUGAACGACAAACUGGAGAUGGCGGUCAAUCUGGCCUGGACCUCUGGCAGCAACAGCACAUCUUUUGGCAUUGCAACAAAGUAUCAGCUGGACAAGGACUCCUCAGUCAGUGCUAAAGUGAAUAACAACAGCCUUGUUGGUUUUGGCUUCUCCCAGACCCUCAGAUCAGGAGUCAAGCUAAACCUGUCCGCUCUGGUCGACGGCAAGAACAUCAACGCCGGCGGCCACAAACUGGGUCUGGGCUUGGAACUGGAAGCCUAAACUCUCCUCACACUGCAACACUAUCUGGCCUUAAACUAUGUUUCCAACUCAAACCAGCAAGGGAAUCCUGAAGAGAUCCUCAGAAAGGCUCAGACGUCAAACCUACUCUGCGCCGCCUCAGUCUGCGGCGCCUUUUACACUUAUGUUGCUUUGGUAACUAUUAGUUGCAUCUGUACAGGAGUCGUCUGGUGGCAUAUUAUUUAUAUAUCUUGUCUAUAUUUAUGUCCAGCACUGCCAUAAUGCUCAAAUUAAUACAGUCCUUUGCCUGUCAUCAACAA